UCACAGCCUGUUCCAUGCGGUCCAGAUAUUUCCUGCUUCCUGCCCUUUUGGCAGAUCUACAAAACAGCAGAUGAGUCAAACACGUUGUUAAAGUGACGCCUCGUUCGCUGCAAGUCAGCAAGCCAACACGAGGAAAGGGAACUGAACUCUGGGCUGGAUCAGUUCUCAGUUUUUAUCUCACAUGAGUAAGUGAAACUAUUUCAUUCUGAUUGUCUCUUUUCGAGGGGAAAUGGCGCAGCAACAAAACCUGAUGGACCAGAAAAAACUUUGCUGUUCGAUUUGUUUGGAUCUGCUGAGGGAUCCCGUUACUAUUCCCUGCGGGCACAGCUACUGUAUGCACUGUGUGAGAAGCCACUGGGAUGAGGAGGAUCAGAAGAAAGUGUACAGCUGUCCUCAGUGUCGGAAGACCGUCUCUCCGAGGCCUGUCCUGGUGAAAAACACCAUGCUGGCAGAUUUGGUGGAGGAACUGAAGAAAACCGGACCUCAGGCUGUCUCAGCUGAUCACUGUUAUGCCGAAGCUGGAGAUGUCGCCUGUGAUUUCUGCACCGGGAGAAAACUUAAAGCUCUGAAGUCCUGUCUGCAGUGUCUGGUCUCUUACUGUGAGGAACACCUCCAGCCUCACUAUGACUCUCCUGCCUUUGGGAAACACAAGCUGGUGGACCCGUCUAAGAAGCUCCAGGAGAACAUCUGCACUCGUCACGGUGAAGUUAAAAAGAUUUUCUGCCGUACUGAUGAUCAGUGUAUCUGUGUCCUCUGCUCCAUGGAUGAGCAUAAAUACCACAACACAGUCUUAGCCCUGACAGAGCGGACUGAGAGGCAAGGGGAGCUCGGAACUAACCGACCCAAAAUCCAGCAGAGAAUCCGGGGCAGGGAGAAAGACGUCGGGGUGCUUCAGGAGAGAUUGGAGGCGAUUAAUCGCUCAGCUGAUAAAGCAGUGAAGUACAGCGACAAGAUCUUCACUCAGCUGUUACGACUUAUCAAGAAUAGGAGCUCUGAUGUGAAGCAGCAGAUCAGAGCCCAGCAGAAAACUGAGGUCAGUUUAGCCAAAGAGCUGAAGGAGAAGCUGGACGCAGAGAUCACAGAGCUCCGGCGGACUGACACUGUGCUGGAGCAUCUGUCACACACAGAGGACCACACCCAGUUUCUGCAAAAUUACCCUUCACUGUCAUGUCUGAGUAAAUCUGCAGCCUCAUCUAGCAUCAACAUCUGCCCCCUGCAGUACUUUGAAGACGUGAUGGUUGUCGUUUCAGACGUCAGAGACAAAGUGCAGGACACUCUGAGUGACGCAUGGAUCAAGAUCUCACAAGCAGUGAGGCCAGCGGAUGUUUUACAGCCACGAGCAGAGCCCAAGACCAGAGCCGAGUUUUUACAAUACUCAUGUGAAACCACUCUGGAUCCAAGUACAGCAAACACAUGUCUGCUGGUGUCUGAAGGGGACAGAAAAGCAACAGUGACCAGUGAGAAACAGGCAUACCCCGGUCAUCCAGACAGGUUCACGGACAUGUUUCAGGUCCUGAGCAGAGAUAGUCUGAGCGGGCGCCACUACUGGGAGGUGGAGAGAGGCAGGUUUGAGGUUUCAGUUGCAGUUGUGUACAAAGACAUCAGCAGAACGGGAUAUGAAAGCGGAUUUGGGAACGAUGACAAGUCUUGGGCUUUAGAGUGUUUCAACAACAGCUAUCAGUUCAGACAUAACAGCACAAGCACUUUAAUCUCAGGACCCCAGUCCUCUGUGAUAGGAGUGUACCUGGAUUACAGUGCAGGUACUCUGUGCUUCUACAACGUGUCUGGAAACAUGACGCUCCUCCACAGAGUCCAGACCACGUUCACUCAGCCCCUCCAUCAGGGACUUGGUGUUUUUGCGACGGACAGUCAAGGAUCUGCUGCUGAGCUCUGUAAGCUGAGGCAGAAAUGAAGGGAAAGAAUCAAUGACUUCAGUGUUUGAGUCGCUUCUAGGUUUAGCAAUGCGCAAUUGUAUCUAAAAACAGCUGCAUCUUUGUUUUUUUUAUAUUUUCAUACUUUCAUUCAUUCUUUUUAAUGUGCAUAACCAUCACACAAAGCUGUUUUAAUAGACAUUGUUAUGGUUUUGUCUCAUUAUGUACUUCAGGGGAGUUUGUAAGUGGCUGUGAGUAACAUCUGCUUUCCUGCUUCUCUUCAGAAACCCCAAAAUGCAGCAACCUUCAGAUCUUCAUGAUGUAUUGUUACAACUCACUAUGCUGUUAAAUUAAAGAACCAAUCGCCAAAAUUCAAUUUCCUUAAGACAGAGCCACGUUUUUAUGAUUUUAUUUUGCUAUAUGCACGUGAUGUACUGACGGAGAGUUUUGCAAUGUUUACUGCGGUCGUAUCACUUCCUCUGAGGAAAUAAAAACACAUCAGACUUUGGAUCUCUGAGUAAUGGGAAUGUUAUCUACAACUUGCAAGCUGUCUCUCUCUCUCUCUCUCUCUCUCUCUCUCUCUCUCUCUCUCUCUCUGCUGAUGAAAUGUGCCAUGAGUCAUUUCCGAUUCCAUGAAAGAAAAUCACUAAUUGAAUUUAAGCCAAGGGAGUAGAAAUGCACGAACUCAAGGAAAGACUGAUGUAAAAAGAGGUACUGAUUCAACUUCUUUACUGAAGUACGAGUGGGAAACUACACACUUCACAGGCCAAAGAAUAAUUUUAUCUGUGCUGCUUGAAUUUGUCCCCAUGUUUUGAUGCAUGUUUUUGUAGAUAAUUAAAAGCAUUAAUGUGGAUAUUUUGAAAAUGUAAGAAGUAGAAAAUACAAAUAUUUGUGUUGAAAAUGAAGGACUUAAGUGCAGUAACAAAGUGUUUGUUCUUUUAUUUACUUCUCUCCUCUGAAUGUAUGUCUGCACAUGUCAGUCAGAGUUGAUCAUUGUAAAUCGGAUUGAUUGUGAAAAGGAAAAAAAGGUUAUUCUACUCCAUCAAUGAAGGUUUGGAUUACUGUCCUUUAAAGUGAGAGAUUCUCUUCUUCUCAUUUUCAAAGAUUUAGCCUCAAGUGUGAUGUUGUAUUUGAAGGGUACACAGCAAAGCCAAAGUGCCUUAUAACAACAUUUAAUUUAAGAAAUGUAAUGUUGUUUACAAUCCCAAAGUGAGUUCAUAAUUUUACAUUUUUGCAAUAAAGUUUACCUUGUCUAUGUAA